UUACAAGCAUUGGGAGAGAGGACACAGAAAGGCUUUCCCGGUGAGAGGAACGGUGAGAGGAACGCUUGUAGCCCAACACUGUGAUCAGGACCCUGGAGUGCCCCUGCACCAGCAUGGCAGUGCUGCUGAAGAGGAAAUUCGACCAGCUGGAGGAGGACUCUUCCUCCUCCUCCUCCUCCUCCGGAUGUCACUCUGGCUCCUGCUCUCCCAGCCCCUCGGCUUCCCAGGCCUGGGACUGGGAGUCGGAUGGCCCCUGGUACCGGAGGCCUUUCCGGGACCCCUGUGGUGUCCCAAAUUUCACCCCUCCGUCCAUCUUGAAGCGGGCUCGCCGGAGCCGCCCAGGCCGCGUCACUUUUGAUGGAAUCACUGUCUUCUACUUCCCUCGGUGCCAGGGCUUCACCAGCGUGCCCAGCCGUGGGGGCUGCACGCUGGGCAUGGCCGCCCGCCACAGUGCCUGUCGCCGCUUCUCCCUGGCCGAGUUCAGCCAGGAGCAGGCCCUGGCACGGCGUGAGAAGCUCCGACAGCGCUUGAAGGAGGAGAAGCUGGAGGUGCUCCAGUGGAAGCUUUCCGCCACCGGAAUGUCGGAAGCAGAAGCAGGUCUGCCGCUCACGGUGGACGCCAUUGACGAUGCAUCUGUGGAAGAGGAUUUGGCAGUGGCCGUGGCAGGGGGCCAGUUGGAGGGGGGGACCUUCCUCCAACCCUACCCCUCCCGGCGCCGGCGGGCCCUGCUGCGGGCCGCUGGGGUGCGCAAGAUCGACCGCGCGGAGAAGCGGGAGCUGCAGGCCCUGCGCCGAUCCCGGGAGGACUGCGGCUGCCGCUGCGACCAGGUCUGCGACCCCGAGACCUGCAGCUGCAGCCUGGCAGGCAUCAAGUGCCAGAUGGACCACACUGCGUUCCCCUGUGGCUGCUGCAAGGAGCGCUGCCACAACCCCAAGGGCCGAGUGGAGUUUAACCAGGAGCGUGUCCACACUCACUUCAUCCACACGCUGACCCGCCUGCAGCUGGAGCAGGGCGUUCAGAGCCUUGGGGAGCUGGAGCCCCCUGCCCAGGGCAGCCCCCUUCACGCCAGCGAGCAGGCCCCGGCCCCCUUGUUCCCACUGGCCAAGCCCCCGACCAGCGGCGAGCUAGGGGACAGCAGCUGCAGCAGCAGCGACAUGACUGAUUCCUCCGAGGCACUGUCCCCGGGGUCGGGCACUGGCGAGUCCCCUGGCAGCCCUGCCCGCCCAUUCCUGCCUGGCCCUGGCUUCCAGCCUGGCUUGGAUGACGACCACCUGGUGCAGAUCCUCAGUUUCAGUGACUCUGAUCUUGGCAGGGAGGAGGCGGAAGGGGGCGUGGGGAGCCUGGACAACCUCAGCUGCUUCCACCUGGGUGACAUCUUUAGUACGGGCGACCCUGGUAGCCUGGCCAGCUGGACUCACGGCUAUUCCGGCUCUGGCCUCGAACUGGCUGUCCUGGAUGAAAAUGCCAACCUGGAUGCCGGCUGCUUCCUGAACGGUGGCCCCGAAGGCCUGAAGGAUGCCAGCCUCCCCGGCACCCCGGGGCCGGCCAGCGUGGACGCCGGGCAGGGCAGCUCAGUGGACCUGAGCUUGUCAUCCAGCGACUCCUUCGAGCUGCUCCAGGCCUUGCCAGACUACAGCCUCGGCCCCCUCUAUACCUCCCGGAAGGGGGCUGACAGCUUAGACGCCUUCGAGACGCCCUACUUCCCCUUGCCUGGCUUCUCCCCGCCCAGGGACAUGGGCACCUGCUUUGAGCCCUUCGUGGGCUUUCCAGAGCCCACCGGGGAGGCCCUGGCCCCCUUCAUUGACGGCCAGUUGUUGGAGGACCUUGCCCCGGCCUCUCUGAUGGAGCCGGUGCCCGUGUAGCAAUCCCAGCCUGGAGCGCCCUGCGGCUACUUGUGGUCAUCCCCCCAACCCCCACCCCACUAUGUAAUAUGGGGGUUGGGCGGGGUUCCUCUAGGGCCUCUGUAGCAGUCCCUGGGAACUCAUGGGUUUUGCCCACUCUGGAUUAAUUUAUUUUUUUUAAAGCAUUCUGAGUUGAGGAGUAGGCCGAGGGUGGGGGCUCCUUCCCUUUCCGGCCGUCCUCCUGGUGCCUAGCCAAGCAGCACCCUUCGGCUGGCAGGACCCCCUCAUUGCCCUUGUAGGAUGCUUCAGCACCCAGAGGUAGUGAGGCAGGGUUCUCCCGUUGCUCUUCCGGACGUAAAAAGACUAAUUUAUUUCUGUAAUUUAUUGGGAGAUGGGGGUGGCAUUGGCCU